UAUAUAUAGGCAUAAUUCUGAUUGCCAAAGUCAAGCCAGCUUCUUCUUCUUCUUCUUCUUCUUCUUCUUCUUCUUCUUCUUCGUGUGGGAAGUUGUUAUUGGGUUUGAUAAUGGCGGCCUCAUUUGCUGCUCCGGCUCAGGGUUUGGUUCACCGUCAAAAUCUGACGCUCUCAUUUUCCAAUUACAACUUCAAACCUACUCAGCUUCAGUUUCAGGGCACACUUUCUGCUAAAUCCCAACCCCUCUCCUUCUCUUCUCAAUUCAACCUUCUUAACCAUCCUUCUUCCCCCAACAAUCACCGUUCCUCUUUUGCUCACACCGCCGCCGUUCGCCACAUCGCUGGCUCUCUUGCCAAAGCUGGUGGCCUUCGCUUUGCUGUGGUUGUGGGGCGGUUCAAUGAAAUUGUGACUAGGCCAAUGCUCGAGGGAGCUUUGUCUACUUUCAAAAGUUAUUCAGUUCAAGACGAGGAUAUUGAUGUUGUCUGGGUCCCAGGGAGCUUUGAUAUUCCUGUGGUUGCUCAAAGGCUUGGGCAAUCUGGGAAGUACCAUGCUGUCUUGUGCAUUGGAGCUGUGAUUAGAGGUGAUACAUCCCACUAUGAUGCCGUUGUAAAUUGUUCUGCAUCUGGAGUACUUUCUGCCGGUUUAAAUUCAGGAGUUCCUUGCAUAUUUAGCGUCUUAACUUGUGACACCCUAGAACAGGGUUUCGAUCGAGCUGGCGGUAAAGUUGGAAAUAAGGGAUCUGAGGGUGCUUUGACAGCUAUGGAGCUGGCAUCUAUGUUUGAGCACGAUCUGAAGUAGUCGAGAUAUAAGAUCUAACAAUUUCCAUUAUCCUUAGUUUUGCGGUUUCUUGCAUUUCCCUGCUGUCCUUAGUAAUGGUAGAAUGCUUUC